UUUAUGUAAAAUUAAGACAAAAUAUAUAAGUAUAUACACAUACAUAUAUUUAAUUUAAUUUAGGUUGAUUAACGGAUAUGUAUUAUAUGUAUAUGCAUUCGGUACUGUGCAAAAUCCAGCUCAGUAGGUCAAAUUCACGAUUAUUUUUAUUAUUCUCAUUAUAUAAUUGAAUAAAUCAAUAGAUAUUAAAAAUUAGCGCAAUUAAAAUAACAACAAUAUGGGUGUAAUAUCAGCGAUAAAAUUAGACAAAAGUUGGUGCAUAAUCGGAAAUCAUAAUAAUAAAUUCAUAAGAUAAUUACUAAUUCUAAGCUCACGUUAUAAAAAGAAUGGUCAAUUUUAUAUGUUUGUUGAGUCUUUAGUUAAUAAAAAAAUGAUAGGAUACGAGUAUUGCGAGUCUAAAACAGUCUAAAACGACCCAGAAAAUAAAGAAUAUACUGCCUUGUAUAUCUUAGUGGCGUUAGUGUAAAAAAUCAGGUACUGGCGGUACUGGUAAACCGUUAAUGUAAUAAAGGCGCGUGUAUGUACAGUGUACCGACCGUAUAAACCGUAUAGACAUAUAAUAAUAAUCUUUAAUAAUAUAAAAACAAAACAGUGUAUAGUUGGAGUACAAACAGAAUACAUAGCAGCAGCUUUGUCAUCACCACCAUCAUUAUCAAAAAUUUUAAUUACUUAAUAACAUUUUACAGAAUAUAAAUUUUAUAUAUUCUGUGAGUGAAUGCACUGUUUUUAAAAAAAACCAAUGGGUAAUUUCUCAUCAUCACAGCGAUGCGAGUCACGUAAAAAAGUUUAUUUUUUUAAUUUAAUUAAUAGAACAUGGGAUAGUGUGAGAAAAUUUAAUAGAAAAAACCUAAAAAAAAAAGAAGAAAGACAAAAAUCUAAAGAAAUUUAUCACGAUACUAUUUUUUCACGAUCCAGCAUCAGCAGCAGUAGUACCAGCAAUACCAGCAAUACCAGCAAUACCAGCAAUACCAUCAACAGCAGUCGAUAUAAUCAAUGCGUCGGUUUUCAUUACCAAGAUGUUGGUAGUACCUAUUACGAUAUUGAAUCAGAAAUGCCACCUAAUGCAGAAAAAGAAAUAUUGGCUGUUAAACCUUGGAAUUUACAACAAGAAAAAGAACGUUUACGUCCACCAACAUAUAAUGCUGAAGAUUAUGCAACAGCAUUAAGAAGAUGGGGCAGACGUCCCAUUACUAAUGAUCAUGAUUCUCAAGGGACAUUACCCUCAACAACAAGUUCAAGUUCCGGUUAUAUAUCAGGAAGUGGUGAAAUGACGUUAAGACAAUUUACAUCUGUUAGCGAACUUAUUAAUAAAUUACGUGCUGAUCUUCGACUCGCAUUUCCAAGCUUUGUGCAAGAAUUUUCAAGCUCACCAGCUGACGGAAUUACUCUACUGUUAGAAACACUAAGGGGGGUCCAGCUAAUACAAAGUACACCACCAUCAGCUGGACAAAGUGGACCUCGUGUCGGUACCCGAAGAGCGGCACUUGAUGAACUUGGUUGUGUUGAAUGUUUAGCUGCAUGUGUUGAUAGAUGUGCUGAUGCUCCAAGACUUUUGUCGCAAGCACAACCGGGACUUGUUGCACUCGCAGUCUGUCUUACCAGUAGCUUGAACCGGUCUCGGGUUCUGGCUCUUCAACUAUUGACGAAGGUAUGCCAGAUACCCGAUGGACAUACUGCAGUAUCUGAAGCCGUUUCAACUUUACGAUUACGUUAUGGAGAAGGAGGAAGAUUUAGAUUUCUCGCUGGUGCAUUAUUAGCACCACGAGCUGCAGUUGCUUUAAGAGUCUCUGGAAUUUCAUUUCUUAACGCAUUUUUAAAGUCUGCUCCCAGUACACAAUCAAGACUUUAUAUUCAGGCUGAAGCAUGCGAAGCUGGUCUUGAGCCUCGUGCUCUUCAACAAUGGUUAUCAAAAGAUGAAAUUCAUCACAGUGAUGAAUUGUUGGGAAAUUUAUUGAAAAAACAAGUAUACAAAUGGUCACAAAAUUGCAUAGAUGUUGACAAUCUUCAAAAACGUUUAGUUCGCGCUGAAGAAACCUGCACGAUUCUUACAAAUAAAAUAACAGUUUUACAAAAUCAACUUGAAAAAUUACAAAUGAAAAAAAGAACAAUAAUUAACUACGAUGAUGGUGACGAUGAUGAUGAUGAUGAUGAUGAUGAUGAUGAUGAUGAUAAUGAUAAUAAUAACUCUGAAAAAAAUUUUAAAUCUCAUUCAUCAGACAUUAAAGAACUACAAAGAUUAUCCUCUAACGGUGAAGAUGAAGGUAUAAGUUCUUCUGAACGUUCAAGCAGUCCAGAAAAUUUGCAUCAUCAUCAUUACCAUCAUCGUCGUUAUCAUAAUAUUAAUAAUAAUAAUAAUGGUAAUGAUGAUAAUAAUCAACAACUACAACAACAAAAAUUGACUACAGACAAAACUAAUAUUGACCAUGAUCAAGAAACAACAAUAGACGAUGUAAUAGAAGAAUUGCGUAUAAUUGUAAAAGAUGCUGAGGAAGAAGAAGUUCGCAAAGGUAAAGAAAAAUUAUCUCAAUCGAAAAUAAAUAGUGGAUAUAAAUGCAUGAUUAAAUUAUCUAAUCAAGAAAAAAUUAAUUCUGAAUUAUCUAAUUUAAUAGAUGCUGAAAAAAUAACAAUAAACAAUAAUGAUGAUAGAAAAAAGGACGGAAAAUGUUUAAAAAUAGUUGUACAAGGCCCUGAAGUUGAAGAAGCUAUUAUACCAGCAAUUUUAUAUCCACAACCACCGCGAAAAAUUCCACCAUGUUUAUCAACCUUUAUAACUUCUGAUAAUGCUCCUAAUAAUGAAAUUUUAGGAUAUACAUUAGUAGGUUAUAGUAAUAAUAACAAAUAUGAUAAUGAUGGAGUUAAAAAAGAUAUAUUUUGUGAUGAGAGUGAUUCAUUAUUAAGUGCAUCACGAUUAAAAUACAUUAAUAAUAAUAAUAAUAAUAAUAAUAAUAAUAAUGAUGAUGAUGAUAAUGAUGAGAAUGAUGAUUGUGGACUUUAUUUAAAUAAAAGUGGGGUAACAAUAUGUGAAGAAUCUGAAUUUGAAUUAGUAACCAAUAAUAAUAAUAAUGAAAUAUUAAAUAAUGUUGAUGAUACUGAUAAUGAUAAUAAUUUAACUGAACCAUGUAAAUAUUUUGAAACAAGACAAUUUGAAAGUCACCUUAAUAAUAAUAAUAAUAAUAAUAAUAAUAAUAAUAAUAAUAAUCACAAUCAACGUUACAUCAAGAGCCAGGUUGAAAAAAAAAAAUUACGACGAUCAGCAAGUCAAAAUUAUUUAGAUAAAAGUAUAACAAAAUCAUCAACGACUGGAAUUGAGGAUCGUAUUAAAAAAUUUGAAAAUAUGAAUUCAUUUGAUAAGAGUCUUAAAACAAAUAAUAACUUGACGUCAUCACGAAAUAACUUAAGUAACAGUCGAAUCGAUGACGGAAAUUAUAAAAAAAUACGUAGAUCUGAGUCAUGUCAUCAGGUAUUAUCGUAUUUCGUACCAAAAGAAAUUAAUAAUAACAACAACAACAACAACAACAACAACAAUAAUAAUAAUAAUAGCAAUAAUCGAGUCGUUGGUAGUGAGAGUAGACUUGAUUAUGUUGACAACUAUUAUGACAACAACAUGAUUUUGAUGCAUCAAACUCUUUCAAAACGUUUUAAACCCUAUAAAAUUGUAAUUCCUCCAGUUUCCGAUUCAUUAUCUGAUAUAAAAAAAAAAUCAUCUAAUUCGAAAUUAACUAAAUCUUUAGACAGAAUCGAUGAGGGUUUAAAUUCAUUAGUCGAUAUUGUUAUUGGAGACAAUGGAUCAAAAAAACACAAAUCUGUUUCAGCUAUUCACAAUAUUGGUAAUGAUAAUAAUAAAAAUGAAAAUUUAAAUAGAUCACAUAAUAAAGAAUUUGUAGUAAAAAGUAACAAUAGAUUAUCAAGAAAAAUUAAUGGAUCAUCAUCAUCAUCAUCAUCAUCAUCAUCGUCAUCGUCAUCAUCAUUAUCGUUGUCAUCAAGGUCGUCGUCUAUAUUGAGGAAUGAUAAAGAAUUAUAUUCAAAGGAAAUAACUAAUCCGAAAAAUUUAGCUAAUGAGUAUAAUUUUAAUAAUUUUGGUAGAGCAUUAAAUUUAAAUAAUGAUAAUUGUAAAAAUGAUUCGUCAAUAAUUUCAUCAUAUGCGUAUAAAAAAUCGUCUGAUAAACUUUUUGUUAAUGAUUCAAUAAUUUUUUCAACAUCUGGCAAUAAAUCAAAUGGUGGUGCUUUUGGAUUAAAUCAAAAUCGAUUUAAUGCAGGGAAGUAUUCCGGCAAUCAUAAUAUAAUAAAAUUACCAGAUAAUAUUCAAUUAAGAAAAAAUUCUGUCCCAUCGAUUGUUAACAAUCGUUGCAAGGUUACAGAUAUUAUUUCUGGACUAUAUUAAAUUUUUAGGAGAAAAUAUAUAUAUAUAUAUAUAUAUGAAAAAUGAAAAUAUUUAUUUCAUUUUUAUUACUUUGAGACUGAGAGUAAGGUGGAAUGUCGUGCAAUGAGUAUUAUUUAUAAAAUUAUUAAAAAAAAAAUAAUAAUUUAAAUAUAUUUAUUAAGAAGUUAUACGUAAUUUUGGU